AUGGGAAGUCUCUCACGACCCUGUGGCUUGGCGGGGAAGAGGCCUGAACUUGAUACAGCUGGCUUUGCUGGGGCCUGGACACGGCCAAGCCGAAUGGAUCCGGACAGGGACUUGGAGGAGGAUGGCAGCAAGGGCGCAGCUCUCAUGGAGAGCAAGCUGGAGAGGCAGCUGCAGUUGGAUUCAGAGAUUCAGAUUCAGGCCAUCCCUGAUAUCAAAUCUAAAGUGGGCCUCCAUGCCAGCCCCUUGGGUCUUGAUCUCAGCACCCCGUUUUACCUGGACAGCAGUGGCCACACGGGGCCGGCCUUUUUCUCCUGCCCUCUGUCUCCCCGGGCCUCCCCUCACCACCCCCACCCCCCCUCCACGCAGACUUUUCUCUCAAGCUGCCGGCACCCCCGGCUGCCGCAUUUCCAAUACAGGGGAGCGGCGAGGCUCCGGGCUGGCCAUCUGCACGCGGAGAUUGACAGCAGUCCCGGAAGAUGUACAGCCCUGAAACAUCUUUCAUGCAACUCCUCAGGCAGCCCAGAAACAGCCAGGAACCAUUCGCCAGGAGCUGUGGCCAACUUAAUAACUCAUCCUUGUAUUGGUUUCCAUCCUCUGUCCUUCAACCGUCUUGUCUUUUACUCCUACUUGCUGGAUCACACAUCCCAAUAAAUUUUUGCACUCAA